AAUUUCGAUGUACGAAUAAUUAAACAUGGCCCCUAAAGACGACCCCGAUAAUCGAGGUUUCGACGAUCAGCGUCGACCCUCACAGAGGAGUACGGUGCUAGCGAUACCAGCACUGGCUGUAAACGACCCAAAGUCUGAUCCAAAAAUUGCGAGCGACCUACCCGCAAAUUACGUAGACGAUGAUGAUGACGCCCCAAAGAUGUAUACCCCUUCGCUUUUGGAAAAAAUAUUGAACUACGCGUUGUGUAGAGGUGAUAUUGCUAAUCAACAACUUGAAGCUCAACCAGUGUCUAUUCCUGGAUUGUUCCGAUAUGGAAAGAAGUUUGAUUACCUACUCCUGUUCAUUGGAACCAUUUGUGCAAUUAUCUCCGGAGUUUCACAACCUAUAUUGGCUCUUGUCAGUGGUCGCGUCACUAAUGCCCUUCUUGUCUAUCCACCAACAAGUAAACAAUUCCGGAACAAAGCUAACGAAAACGUCUACAUCUUCCUUGGAAUUGGUAUUUUCAUCUCGAUCACUAACUUCAUUCAGUACAUGUGCUUCCAACAUUGCUGCACAAGAGUGAUGGCUCAGAUGAGACAUCGAUUUGUGUACUCUGUACUUAGACAAAAUGCAGGAUGGUUUGAUAAGAACCAUUCUGGAACAAUCACGACCAAAUUGAACGACAGUAUGGAAAGAAUUCGUGAAGGUAUCGGAGAUAAGCUUGGAGUGCUCCUCAGAGGAUUUGCUAUGCUUAUCGCUGCCAUCGUCGUUGCUUACAUCUACGAGUGGAGACUCGCUUCAAUGAUGCUUGGAGUUGCUCCAACUUGUUGUAUUUGCAUGUCACUUCUUGCCAGACAAAUGACUUCAACUACAAUCAAAGAACUUAUUGGAGUUGGAAAAGCUGGUUCUAUCGCUGAAGAGUCUCUGAUGGGAGUAAGAACGGUGCAAGCUUUCAACGGACAAGAGGAAAUGGUUGGAAGAUACGAAGCUGAACUUGAGAAAGGAAGAAAAUUCGCCGUGUGGAAGGGAUUCUGGAGUGGAUUCUUUGGAGGGCUCUUCUUCUUCUGGCUCUUCUCCUUCUUGGGUUGUGGUAUGCUUUACGGAGCUUACCUUCUCAAAGUCGGAAUCAUCACAACACCUGGAGAUGUAUUCAUUGUAGUCAUGUCUAUGCUUCUCGGUGCAUAUUUCCUUGGUCUCAUCUCUCCACAUAUGAUGGUGCUUCUAAACGCAAGAGUGUCUGCAGCUUCUAUCUAUCAAACUAUUGAUCGUGUUCCAAAGAUUGAUCCAUACUCAAAGGCUGGAAAACGACUUCAAAACGUGGUAGGAAGAGUGAAAUUCGAAAAUGUUCACUUCCGUUACCCAAGUCGCAAAGACGCAAAGAUUCUUAAUGGCCUCAAUUUAGUUGUUGAACCAGGAACGUCUGUUGCUUUGGUAGGACACUCCGGAUGUGGUAAAUCUACAUCCGUUGGCCUUCUCACUCGUCUCUAUGAGCCAGAAGCUGGAAAUGUGACCAUUGAUGGAACUGAUGUCCGAGAGCUGAAUAUUGAGUGGCUCAGAAAUACAGUAGGAAUAGUUCAACAAGAGCCAAUUCUUUUCAACGACACUAUUCACAACAAUUUGUUGAUUGGAAACCCUGGAUCUACUCGUGAAACUAUGAUUGAAGUCUGCAAGAUGGCUAAUGCUCAUGAUUUCAUUGAGAAAAUGCCAAAGGGAUACGACACCUUAAUUGGAGACGGUGGUGUUCAACUAUCAGGAGGACAAAAGCAACGUGUUGCUAUUGCUAGAACUCUUAUUCGUGAUCCAAAGGUCUUACUUCUCGAUGAAGCCACAUCUGCUCUCGAUGCUCAGAGUGAAAGUAUUGUACAAUCAGCUUUGAAUAACGCAUCGAAAGGUAGAACAACCAUCAUGAUUGCUCACAGACUAUCAACAAUUCGUGAAGCUGAUAAGAUUGUCUUCUUCGAAAAAGGUGUUAUUGUUGAAGCUGGAAAUCAUGAAGAACUUGUGCGCCUCGGAGGAAGAUACUUUGAUUUAGUGAAGGCCCAACAAUUCAAGGCUGAUCCAGAAGCUACUGAAGAGUUUGAAGAGGAAGAAAUUGAUUUAGAUGACACUAGUAGGAGUUCACGCCGUUCUUCGAUGACAAGUGCACGAUCUGGCUCAGAAGCAUUCAGAAGAGGAAACUCUCUCAAUGACUCUUUCUCGGGAUCAAAAAGAUCUGCCCAAGCAGAUGCUGAAAAUAGCGCGUUUGCCGCUAACGAAGCUGCUAUCAUGGCUGAAGAUGGACAGAUCACAGCCGGAUAUCUGGACAUUUUCAAGAACGCAAAAGGAAACUAUUUAUACAUGUUCCUUGGAACUGUUUUUGCUCUAAUCAGAGGUCUUGAAUUGCCUGCUUUAGCACUGAUUUUCGGAUGGGUUUUCGAAGGUUUCACAUUUGUACCUUAUGGAGGAAGAAUGAUGCACAGAAUGGCUAUGGCUGUUAUUGCAUUUGCUUCCGUCGGUGUCGGAGUUUGGUUUUCUCAACUUGCUAGUUCAGUCUUGUUUGCUGUUGUUUCGGAAAACUUAUCAAUGAGAUUCCGCGUCCAAUCAUUCCGAAAUCUUCUCUACCAAGAUGCUUCAUACUUCGAUAAUCCAGCUCAUGCCCCAGGAAAGCUGAUCACUCGGCUUGCAUCUGACGCACCAAAUAUCAAAGCUGUCGUGGAUGCUCGUAUGCUUCAAGUCAUUUAUGCACUUGCUGCUAUUAUUGCAAACAUUGCGAUUGCGUUUAUCUACUGCUGGCAAAUAGGAAUACUCGGAACAUCUCUCAUCCUCCUUCUUGCGUUUGUCAUGAUCGGGCUUGCUUACAAGAUUUCUCUCAUGAACGUCGAACAAAUCCAAAAUGAUGAUGCAGGAAGAAUUGCGAUUGAAAUCAUUGAAAAUGUGAAAACUAUUCAACUGCUCACAAGGUGUGAGCUUUUCUUUGAUCACUACCAAACAUCAUCCAAGCAACAAAAGAGAUCUGAACUGAAGAAGGGAAUGAUUGAAGCCAUCAAUUACAGUCUAACUCAAUCUUUCAUGUACUUCAUGAUGUGUUUUACAUAUGCUGUUGGUAUCAGAAUUAUUUAUCAAGGAGACAAAUCUUCCGAUGACACUUUCAAGGGAAUCAUUGCAAUGAUGUUGGGUGCCGUUGCAGUCAUGAAUUCGGCACAAUACUUCCCAGAAUUUGUAAAGGCUAAAACUGCAGCUGGAAUGUUGUUCAACAUUAUCUACAGAAAACCUAGAACAGGAGACUUAAUGGAAGGAGAUCGCCCUGAAAUUAGAGGAAACAUUCUCUUUGAAAAUGUCAAAUUCUCGUAUCCACAACGACCAUUGCAACCAAUUAUGAAAGGACUUCAAUGGACAGCACUUCGCGGACAAACUGUUGCUCUUGUCGGGCCAUCCGGAUCCGGUAAAAGUACGAACAUUGGUAUGCUCGAACGAUUCUACGAUGUUACUGGCGGAGCACUUCGAAUUGAUGGACAAGACAUUCGAAAAUUGUCACUGUUCCAUCUCAGAACACAAAUGGCGCUGGUCGGCCAAGAGCCUCGUCUUUUCGCAGGAACCAUCCGCGAGAACGUGUGCCUUGGGUUGAAGGAUGUGCCACUUGAAAAGAUCAAUCAAGCCUUAGAACUUGCCAAUGCUAACAGAUUCCUUGCCAACUUGCCAGCCGGAAUUGACACAGAUGUAGGAGAAAAAGGAGGACAAUUGUCGGGAGGUCAGAAACAGAGAAUUGCAAUUGCCAGAGCUUUGGUCCGAGACCCCAAAAUUCUGCUUCUGGAUGAAGCCACGUCAGCUUUGGAUUCGGAAUCCGAAAGGGCUGUACAAGAGGCAUUAGAUCGUGCCCGAGAAGGUCGUACGUGUAUCACAAUUGCCCAUCGUUUGUCGUCCAUUCAGAACUCUGACCUUAUUGUGUACAUCGAUAAGGGCAAGGUGCAGGAAGCUGGCAACCACACGCAGUUGAUGCAUCAAAAGGGCAGAUACUACAAGCUCAUCAAGAAACAAGAUCUUGCUGUUUAACUCUGCAAAUUGCCUUUCAAUUCCGAAUUAUCCUGUAAAUUUUGAUCACUUCCACACUCUUACCAGUAAUUACUUGUUCCCUUUGAAACUGUUUUUAUUGUGACUUUUCAUUGCUUUGUUUUCACAUUUCUCAAAAAAUUUUUCCGUCAUUUAGAAAACUGUUCCCACGUUGUUUUGAAGCAGUUUUUCUAUUAACCGGGUCUGUUCACAUUGCUACUUUUAUUUUCAGUAGGUACUCAUUAGCUAGUCGCUUUUUCAAUUUUCGAAUAAAAAAAUGUAAGAAU